AUGGAUAAGUCUUUUUUCUCUUGUCCUAUAUCUUCAGACUCUAAGAUUAAUAACCCAUGUGUUGUAAGAGAAAUGGUUAUUUAUCCAUUAUGUCUUCUACUUUAUAUUAUAAUAUUUGGUUUUUAUCGGUAUUAUUAUGCCCUUCGAGCCCCGCGCAAUUAUUCCCUUCUAGAUGACAGUAGACCACUGCGAAGACGUCUUACUCCUUUAAUUAGAGCCAUAUAUGGUUUUAGUGACAUUAUAAUUUUAUCGUAUCUCGCUGAUAGUUUAGUGGUCAUUAUUAGAGCUCUUGAAUCAAAAACAUGGACUUCUUCAGUUAUGGUUUUUUAUGAUAUUGUUUGUUUGAUUUCUUGGGUGUUAAACUUGAGUUUAAUGGCAUUAGAAAGGCAAAGAUUUGGCAAAUGGUCAUGGGUGAAUUAUCUGUUUUACUGGAUAUCAUUAGUUGGAGAAGCUCUAAUCUUUUAUCUUUGGUUUUCUGAAUUCAAUGGUGAUCGAA